CUCCUAGUGACGUCACAGGGGCGGGGCUCAGCGGUGCUGCCGGGUGCGGGAGGCGCCAUUGGAGCCGGCUCUGCCCGAGAGCCCCGAGCGGAGGCGCCGAGCAGGUCGGGCCAUCUCACCGCCGCCGCCGCCGCCGCCGCCCUCCUUCUCCUCGUUCCCUCGUCUUCGUCCUUCGGUCCCCGAGCAUGGCGUGCGGGGCGACACUGAAACGGCCCAUGGAGUUCGAGGCGGCGCUGCUGAGCCCCGGUUCUCCGAAGCGGCGGCGCUGCGCCCCCCUGCCGGGCCCCGCGCCGGGCCUGCGGCCCCCGGACACCGAGCCGCCGCCGCCGCCUCAGCCCCAGCUCCAGCCGCCGCCGCCGUCCCCGCCCGGCAGCGACCGCCGCCUGCGGACCCCGGAGCAAAUAUUUCAGAACAUCAAACAAGAAUACAGCCGAUAUCAGAGGUGGAGACAAUUAGAAGUUGUCCUUAAUCAGAGUGAAUCAGCCUGCACUUCAGAGGGUCAGUCACACUCCUCAGGACUCACUGCACCGAGCUCACCAGGUUCGUCCUGGAUGAAAAAGGACCAGCCAACAUUUACAUUACGACAAGUUGGUAUAUUGUGUGAACGUCUCUUAAAAGACUAUGAAGAUAGAAUUCGAGAGGAAUAUGAGCAAAUUCUCAAUACAAAAUUAGCAGAACAAUAUGAAUCUUUUGUGAAAUUCACACAUGAUCAGAUCAUGCGACGAUAUGGGACAAGGCCAACAAGCUAUGUGUCUUGAAUUUUCUUUGCAUAUCUGGGUACCUGGUCUGACCUCAAGAGAUGGCUGCUGUACACUUUUGCAACUGGUUUGAUAUCACAUUUCAGCUCCAACUUUGCAUCCUGAGAACACUUAAAAUAUCUCUGCAGGUCCAUUUUUAUAUAACUUGAAAGACCUUGAAACUUUCUGGUUGCCACAAAGCAUAACUUUCUUUUCUGCUCAGCCAAUAAACAGCUGUGCCCUACCAUGAGAUAUUUCCCAAACACAAAAUACAUGGAGCAGCAGUUUAGCAACGUAAGCCUUUAUUGGCGCUAAGCAGAUGGAACGUCUCCCCAAGCCCAGUUCUGUAAGGUGUGUGUGUGGGGGUAUGUGUGUGUGGGGUGUGUGUAGAUUUGGGUGUACUUUUUAAGUUAUUAUUUGUACUGUGCAAAUUUUCUGAUCUUGGGGAUCCUGGCUGUGAAUUUGAUGCACGACAAUUAUGGUUAGAAACAUUUUUUGGUCUACAAGGAUCAAUAAUGUUUUGGUGACCAUAGAAGUUAUAACCGUGGAUUGUUUUGUGUGUAGCUAUUAUUGUUAAAUACAGGGACUAUUUUCAGGCACAGAAUAUUAAUCAUAAUUUAGGUUGGACAAUAGAUGUGAUUAUGACGACAGAGAGGGGUUUUUUGUGCUUGUAAGUUUUAUACACAGCAUGGAAUUAGUACAAGCUGGAGAAAGGAUCAUUUGACCUAUGGACUCGGCCUAGCCGUGCUAAGAAAACACCUUGACUCCAAGCCUUAAAAAUACACAUGUGGAGUCUGCAGCUCCCAGUGGUUUGUGUGCUCAUUUACACAGCCAGGAGCUCCACCAACACUUUUGACCUCUCCGAAGAAAAGGCUUCCCCAAGAGCAGCAGUAGGUUUUGCUUAUCUCAGUAUCACACAAGUGAAUGAGGGUGACCCUGCUCGGUCCAGCAUUGUAUUGUUACAGUUCGUAACGGUACAUUUAUCUUGGGUCAUUAGACUAGAAACAAAACUUCUGAUCCCACAUUCAGGUUUUUCCAAAUUCUUCCAAGAUGUUUCAGUGCUUGGCUGCUUGGAUUUUUUUUUUUUUUUUUUUAAGGGUGUGCAAACCCUUCCCUGAGUUGAUAACAUGCUGUUCUUCUCCUUUGAAUUUCCAAGGUUGAAGGACAGAAAGUAACCUCUGUUUUGAGGAGGUGGAAGUUCAGUGUACCUUUUUUUUUUUCUUUUUUUUUUUUUUUUUUACUGUGACUUGUCAAGGACCAUAUUCCACAGCAAUGCCUUGUUUCAUUUAUUAUUGUUUCUUGAAAGUUAAAUGUUUUUAGUUUAUAAAUAUAGGCUAGAAUUUUAAAUUAGGGCUUAUUUUGAAAAAUGCUGAGUUUAGUUCAAAUGUAUGCCAAUGCCUUCUGGGUGGAUAAUAUUCAGAGACAAUUGUUCUUGAUCAGACGGCAUAGAGAAACCUUUUGGAAUAGUCACAUUUACAGAUUGCCUAUUGAUGAAUGUCUUUGACUUAAAUCUAACCAAAAAACUACAAUGUUAUCCUUUGUACAUUUUCAUUAUAUAGUGUUACAAGCUUAGUUGCAAACCAAUAAAAUACUUAAGCUAUUUGUUUACCUUGCCUUCUUAAUAUUGUUAUCAAACAUUUAUUUAAUUCAUGUGAUUUUAUAGGAGGCUACAAUAAUCAUUUCCAGAUUUUGACAUGACAUGGAAGAUUUUGUUUUUUCUUCCCCAGCCCGGGGAUGAUCUUUAAUGAUUAAAAAGUGAUUUUUAUCUCAGUUUCAAGGGUAAUUGCUUCAUGUCUAUUUAUUUUUUCUUCAAGUGGCAAUGGCUAUCAGUAAUAGUUAGGAAGUUAGAUCUUCUAGAAUGUAAGCUUCCUGAGGAUAAAGACUUCAUUUAUCUUUACCUCCACUAAAGCCAAGCAUAAUAUUGUAUAGUACUGCAAUAGACGUGUAGUAUCAUCCACAUUUUGGUCAUCCAAAUGUCAGAAUCAUAGAAAGGAGCUUUGAGAUCAUUGAGUUCAGCCUCAUCAUUUUAUAAAACUCACUCACCCAUAGUUAAACAGCUGAGAAAUUUGGACAAGGUCUACUGACCAUGUUCUUUUGGAAUAAAAUUGUUCUUCACAUCACAGGUUGGGUGGGCAUGACUUACUACCCUCAGAUGAGAUGAGCUACCCCCAACUUUUAGCUGAGAGGAUCUAUCUUGAAGAGUUCUUCUCCAAGGUUUCUCUCAGUUCAGUUCUGCAAAUGAGUGAGAUCUAAGGCUAAUACCUUAAAGGGGUAUAAGUGGGAAGCAGGGAAGAGGAUGUUUGAGGUAAAAGGAUAACCAAGGGGAAAAAAAACUACUUUUUUUUCUCUAUCUCUUAUCUCUGUUAAAGUUACCAUCCUUACCAGAGUGAUAAAAGCUGAGGUGAUUAGAGAGUAGUUUGCAGAGCUCAGAGUGUAUGCUGUAGACAGUGUUUGAACUUGGGAGUCAAUCAGCUUGAGUUCUUACCCUGCCAUCUGCUAUAAUACUGUAGGAGUUGGAUAACCCUUUCCUGCUCUGUAUUCUGUGACAAGGAAGAAUGAAAUGGGGCUGUGAUUUUUUUUUUUUUUUUUUUUUUUUUUUUUUUUUGAGAUCCUGGCAAGGAAAAUUAUCUAGGAAUUUUUGAGAAUAGAAGAGCUUGUCCCCUAGGUAAAAGUGAGCUAGCCUCAGAAUGAAUGAGUUAGAUGGUAGAAGGGGGAAAGUACCUUCUUAGGCCCUAGACAUUUCUGUAUCCACAGCACAGAACUGACCUAACCCCACAGAAGGAGGGAUCCAGGCUCCUGAGUGGUGAUAAUGAGUUCUUAGAACAAUUAAAGGAUUUUUCCAGCUAGUGAACUAAUUGAAAAAAAACUAUCACUGUUGGGAAAAUUCUUAUAUUUUAGGUCCGCUAUUGUCGAUUUCCUCAGAAGCACGGUUUUUUAAACAGUGUUUUUUAAAAACAAACAAAAAGAACCCUCACCUUUUAGAAUACCUAAGCUGGCAUUAGUGUGUUCUUAUUAGAAAUUAGAAUCUUCUGGCAGUAGUUAACCAAGGAAUCCUGGGGACUUAAUGGAGACAAAUCCAGGUGCUGUCACUGGGCAGGUCCAGUAGGGAAUAAGCAUUAAGUGUCAAGCACUGUGCUAAACACUUUAAAAUAUCACAUUUGCUCCUUGCAACCUAGGGAGGGAGUUGUUAUUGUGAUCCCCGAUUUGUGGUUGAGGAAACGGAGGCAGAGAAGUUAAAUGCCCAACGUUGGGCAGUGCUAGAAAGUGUCUGAAGCCAGGUCUUCCUGGUUCCAGCCUGGUGCCAUUUGGUUGCCAAGUAGAAGCCGUACUGGCCCAAAUGGGAAUGGCGAGAGGUGGGGGACCCCGUUUGCUAGGCCCAAUAGACAGCUCCUAGAGGAGCUUUGGAACAGUUGUGUUUCUGUCUUUGCAUCACCAGCAUGUGGCACUGUGCCUGGUACAUAAUAGGUAUUUAAUAAAUGCCUUAUGAGUUUAAUUGUGAUGGUGUUCCUGGUCAUGUGGUGUUGACUGGCUCAUUGGUGGUUAAAACAAAUGGAGAGUAAGCCUUUCAGCACUGUGCUGUGAUAUGUUUGAGGCAGCCAUCUCACCACAACUUAAAUUUACGUAGCAUUGGUGUAGCCACAUAAAUUUGGAGUUUAUGACAUUCCUUACAACCUUGUAGGAUGAGUAGUCCAAAGAUAAUUAAAUACCAUUUUAAAGGUGAGAAAACUGACUGAUGUAUUAAAAAAGGCAAAUUGACUUGUUCAGAGUCCCACCAUUGGUGUGUUUUAGCCAGGAUGGUUCAGACUCCAAUCUUUCCUACUCAAAGAUAACACGCCACCCAUAAUAAUCUGCUUCUCUUCUCUUCUUUCCUCUCCCUUCUCCAUAAGGAGAAAAGCUGAUUCUGAACUUGAACUAUGUGGCCCUUGUCUUGCUUAUCAUGUGCCUUACACAUUAUGGGUACUUCAUAAAUGUUUCCUAUUAUCCAUUUCUCCUAAUAGACUUCCAUCAGUUCCUCCAGGCCCUCAUAUCCAUUAUCUUUGAACCAUUUAGUUCAAGAAACAUCAAUGAAGCCACAUUUUCCAUUUUCAUAUUAUUGUUAGGAAAGUGUGCUAAGGAGUAGGCAGGGCAGAUUUGGGAGGGGGGAGGUUCAAAGAGGGUCCUUAAUUGUUUGGAUCAGCACUUGACAGAAAGGGACCUUGUACUGGGGAGGAGGGGAAUAUAUAAAUAUCUGAGACCUCAGUCCAGUGGUGGUACGCACAGAGAGUCUACCAUAUAAUAGGAGAGAUUAGAAGUGGAAGAUGACUUGGCUAGAGAGACUUGGAGCAGGUUCCACUUGGAGAAUGGCAUUUAAGCUGGUUCUUAACAGGCAGAAGGAAGGAAGGUGGUGGGCAUGGGGUGAGCAACAUAGUCUGUGUGGGAAAUAGCAAGUUGGAACAGCAGUUCUGUGGAAGAACUCUGGAAAGGUAGUUUGGGACCAGACUCCAGUGGCCUUGGCUUUUGGCUGUUGUUUGGCAGGCAAUUAAAGGUUAGUUUUGAACCAGGGAUAUGAUAAUUAAACAUCAAGCUGAAUUGAUGACAAAAAUACUAGAUUGAUUUGGAGAAACCAGGUAGUUGAUGGUGAGGGUCUGAGCGAGAAUAAGAAGCAGUGGGAAUAGUGAGGAAGAAAAAAAGGAAGCCUUGAGGGGACUUUCCUCAUUGGAUGUGAUUGAUUCAUCGUUUCAAGGUUUAUUAAGCACUCACUAUAUGGCUGUUCCAGGAGCAAGGGCAAAUAUAAAUUGAGAUUAGAUGCUUACAUUCCAGGAGGAGAAUAAGAUACCCUGCUAAUUAUAAAAUAUGUGAGAUAGAUCGCUAAGGGGUGUGUGUGUGUGUCUGGUGGAAGACAGAGAAGACAUCAUGGAGAAAGUGGCCAUUGAGACUGGGGAGAAGUCUGAAGGAAUAUCCUACUUUGAGCCUAGGUGACAGGAGCUUUAGGAAUCACAAGGAGUUUGAUGUAAUAAAAAGAGCUCUAAAUUCUAAAUAGGAUUGUGUUUAAGUCCCAGCUCCACUUGCCACUUAUGUAAGCUUAGGUAGUCCCUUCAACUCUUUGGGUCUCAGUUUUUUCCACGUAUAAACUUACAGAUUGAAUUAGGGUCUGUGGUCUGUGAAUCUGAAAAAAGUUUGGGGAGAGGUAAUUUUCAACACAAUUUCCUUUGUAAUCCUCCAUAUUUUAUACAUUUAAAAACAUUCUCAGAAGGUUGCAUAGGCUUCAGACUUCAAAGGGGGAAGUGAAGGGUCCAUGACAAAAAUAAAGGUCUAGAACUCCUAAGUUAGGUGAUCUUCAAGGUUCUUUGUGACUCUCGGGCUUUAACCUGUGACUUUCUUCCAUAUCUCUAUCCUUGUUUCACAUUGACUCAGUAAGCCUCCCAUGAAGUCUAGCAUUCCCUAGAGUCCUCUGGUCAGCAGAUCUUGUCCAUUUGUUGGCUACUGCCCUCAGUCUGUUUCUCGUAGUCCUCCAUGCUCUCAACCAGAGUAUCAGUUCUCUGCCCCACCCACCCCCCAGCUUCUCAGAUGCCUUCCUGGGCAGUGCCACCAUGUGGCCACCACCAUCUGACUACCUGUUCCUCCAGCUGCUUGUCAUCAGAACCGCCCCAACUGCUGACCCCCAGCAGCAUCCCCCAGAGGUCAGGGCUCUCCAUAUUGAAGGUGAGGGAGCUGAGACUUAGAUGAAGUGGUUUGUGUCUGCAUAUAGGGCUGGGGGUUUGAAUUCAGGUCUUGAUGUUGUGCCAGCUAGUGCUUCUCAGUUUUAUCUUAUCUAUCUACCCGUCAACUUCAGUUCACAAAAUAUAGACUGAAAGAAUCAGUGGGUUACUUAGCCUAACUCCCAACCAGAAAGUUGUGAUCUCAGUCACUUGCCCUUCUGAAGAAGGAUUCUAACCCAGAUCAGAAUCCACUGAAGGUCCCUAACUUUGCCCUCCGCCUUCCAAACCCCUAGGCUACCUCCUGUGAAGCUUUUCUUGGACCUUCCUCUUCCUUGGGCCCACCAAGAACUUCAGAAGAUCCACUUACUAGCUCUGUGACCAAGAACUAGCUAUUUCUCUUUUCUGUGCCUCUUUUUCUACUGAAAUGAGGGUAAUAAUACUUGUCUUACCUGCUUCUUGUGAGGAAAAUAUUUUGUAAAUUUAAGGAUUAACUUGGAAACUAUAAUCAUGCUAACCCUUUCAAAGCCAUCACCAGAUUACUUAAACAUAUCUCUUUUCUUCUGAUCCCAUUUGUAUAACUUCUAAGUCUUUUUUUCUUCUUAAGGUUCCUGACCUGAAACACCUCCUUCCCCCUUUUCAGCCCAUCAGGGGCCUUUUGACAUAAUAUUACUUAUGAAAGCCUACCUCAACCUAGAAGCCUGGGCACUUGUAGAAAGCAAUUUGGAACUUUGUCCUCCGAAUCUUUAAACUGCACAAACAUUUUUUAUUGUAAUUGUUUUCAUGUUGGCAAAGAAAUUGAUUGGGGGAGAAGACUAUAUCACUUGGGGGUUGAUUGAAUAAAUUAUGGCAUCUAAGUAAUGAAAUGUGCUAUGAGAAAUGAAAAAGCUUUUGGCAAAUUCUAGGAAGAGUUGUAUGAAUGGACAAACUGAAGAGAAAAUGUAUACACAAUAUUGUAAAAGGAAAGGAAAAAAAAACUUUGAAAGAGUGAAGAAUUCUGAUCAAUACAGUGAUUAACUCCAGUUCCAGAGGACUGAUGAUGAAGCAUGCUACUCUUGAUUGAAGAUGCAUGUUUUUGGACAUGACCACCGAGGAAAUUUAUUUUGCUGUACUGUACAUAUUUGUUAUAAGCAGGGGUGUGCUGAUGAAUGUUUAACAACCUGUAACCAAGAAAACAAAAUGGAAGCAGGACAUGGUUUUCAAUUUUAUCCUAAUUAUUGAUAUUUUCUCUGUUACUUAAUUCUAGAUACUAUGCUAAAUAAAUGAAACAAUAAA